CAGUUAUUGUUGUAUCUCGCUUUAUAAAGGUGCAAAGUGAGCACGCUCUAGAUCAGGUUCCGGGAUUAAUCGCCGUAUAUUCAUUUUGAUUUUGCACGUAACAUGGAACGCCGAGAGGAAUCGACAGAUCCUGCUAAACUGAGUAAAAAAGAGCUGAAUAAACUCAAGGCCAGGGAGAAAAAGGCGGCCGCUAUUGCUGCAAAAAAGGCCCAAGAACCUCCUCAGCAAGUUGUCGAUUUGUCCAAAUAUAGCCACUUGUUUGGGACUCGUCCGCUGGUCGAGGCGCCAUUGAAGAAUUCGCAAGAAAGGCGAGUGUAUGUUGCAAUCGAUCAGUUGACGGCGAAGUUACAUGGCUCCAAAGUGUGGGUUCGGGGGCGCAUUCACCGCGUGCGCAAGGCCGGUUCUGGGAUGUGCUUCAUUACGCUGCGUCAGCGCUGGGCCACGGUGCAGGUCUUGGCGCAGGCCGACGAGGAGGGGAACGUCCCCCUAGCAAUGGUAAAUUGGCUAUCGAAAAUCAAACCUGAGUCGAUUAUUGACGUCUAUGCUACUGUGUCGAGGGUACAAGAGAAAAUCGAAAGCACCAGCCAACAAGACGUUGAACUGAAGCCCAUAACUGCUUGGGUUGUUAGUGGUGUUAGACAGACGCUGCCGUUGCGCGUUCAGGAUGCCUCAAUCCCUGAAUCCCUAUUGGAAGCACAGCGCCGAGAAUUGGUCGAGUUGGACGAAAAACUGAAGAAAGCACGCGAGCAGCUAGAACAGCUGAAAGUCGGCUCUCCGUCGGAAGAGGAGGCUAUUCAGAGAGCUCAAAAGGAGGUUGAUCUGCUUACAGACACAAAGGGACGCGCCGUGAAAUACGUAGAUGUGGAUCAGAGCACUCGGUUAGAUAAUCGCAUAAUUGAUUUAAGAACAGCAGCGAAUCAAGCAAUUUUCGCCAUUCAGAGCGCCACCACCGCAUUUUUCCGGGAGUAUCUUAUUUCCCAAUCAUUUAUUGAAAUUCACACUCCAAAACUUGUCGGCGAGGCCAGUGAAGGGGGCGCCGAAGUGUUCGCCGUGAAAUACUUCGAGCGAAACGCCUACUUGGCUCAGUCACCUCAGUUUUACAAGCAAAUGGCGAUUGGCGCAGAUUUCGACCGCGUGUUUGAAAUUGGUCCAGUUUUCCGCGCAGAACGCUCCGAUACCCCUCGCCACAUGACCGAAUUUACCGGAGUCGACAUCGAAAUGCAAAUCUACCAACAUUACCACGAAGUCUUGACGGUCUUAAGUAAUUUGUUCACGUACACAUUUGCAAAAAUUGAAAAGCAUUUUGCUCCAGAACUGGAGAUCAUCAAUCAGCAAUAUCCGUUUCGCCCUAUCAAAUACCUAGAAGAAACUCCCAUCCUAAAAUACGUCGAGAUCAUAGAUCUGUUGCGAGACGCGGGGGUUGACAUCGGGUACUUCGACGACCUAAAUGCUGCUCAAGAAAGAAUGCUAGGUGAAAUCAUAUACCGAAAGUAUCAAACCGACUUUUACAUUAUCGACAAAUUUCCUAGCCAGAUCCGUCCAUUUUAUUCGAUGGCCUGUCCGGAAGACCCAAACUACGCCAACGCUUAUGACAUGUUUAUCCGUGGAGAAGAAAUGUGCAGCGGUGCGCAGCGAAUUCACGAUCCGGAAAUGCUCACGCAACGAGCCAUAGAAAGGGGCGUCGACCCACCGACGAUAAAGAAUUAUAUAGACACUUUCUGUUACGGGGCGCCACCUCAUGGAGGAGGAGGCAUCGGAUUGGAGCGCGUGGUUAUGCUGUACCUAGGUUUGAACAACAUCAGGAAGACGGCGAUGUUCCCACGUGACCCCUACCGUUUACUACCUUGAACUCGGUGACUUGCGUUGCAUGAUCGAAGUCCAUGAAUGAUAACGAAUUUUCCCAAGUGCCAAGGCAAAGCCCGAACUAAAAAAAACGCACAAUAUUGUUUUGAAAACAUUUUUUAUGUGGUCAGUUCGUUUCUUUUGUUGAUGCCUUCGCGAGUUGCGUGUUUGAACAAAGUGUUGAGUCAAGGUCCUUGUUCUCCUCUAGCAUUUUUUCCCUCACCAGCUGGGCCUUUUCUACAAAUUCCUAAAAAUAGGUCGUCAACGAGAGCUGUGUGAGUGCGCGCGGUGAAAACGGCUAGGAAAAAUACAGAGUCACAGCCGAGUAAGACAAUUUCUGUGCUGGCGCAAUAAUCGGGGAGACGCCGUAAAGGCGCUGUGUGUACCAGUGUUAUUAUCCACACAUUGGUAUACUAGCGGAUCAUACCCC